AUGCCAAUGGCCGGAGCAACGGAAACGAAGAAGAACACGUCGCUGAUCUUCCUCCAAUGGCACAGGGGGCCUCCGAAGCACUACAUCACGACGAUGGAGAAGCGUCUAAUGGAGACAGAGAACGUCCUUUGCGCAUUGCUGAACCAAGUGUCGGAGGAACAGCUUGCUUCAGCUUUCCCCUGUCAAGCAGGCGACUACCCAGCGCCCCAAGUCGGCGGCAAGGAUUUCGAGCUGGUCAAGAGCCGACAGUUUGGUCCUGUCCACUGGGGACACUACCCACUCGACUCGGCGCAACACGUCAAACGCUGGUGGAAAGCCCGAUCUUCAAUGGUUUCGACCGAUGCCGGGAGCCAGCAAUCUCAGUCCGUUGAUGGUGCCACGGAGGACAACCAAGCUGCUCGUGAUAGUAGGGAUGGGAGUUACGACGAUGAUUUCGAGCCGACAGAGGAGAGAGUGGUCGUCGAAGACGGCAUAGAACCUACUGGUAUUAGUCGGAGGGAUGGUCGACUCUCGCAAGCUAUGAACGAGGAUGGUGGCCGACAAGGUCCAGCGAGCACGAUGGCAAACCCAAGUCCCACGAGACAAGACUCGGUGGUGCGGGUUCCCAGUAGUCGCGGUGUAAGCCUGGUAGCUGCGUGCACUGCCGUCGAACCAAGAGGAACUGAGAGCUAUGAGAGCGCGUUUCUUUGGUAG